AUGUCAACAUUAAAUCAAGCAAAUAAAUCAACAACAUUAUUCACAUUACCAAAGACAUAUAGAGGACCGGGAUAUGUAUCACAUGAAUACUUGGAGAGUAAAAAGGAGGUGCCAUUGCUCUUCCAACCACUCAAGAUCAAGAGUGUAGAGUUAAAGAAUAGAUUGGUGGUUGCACCGAUGUGCAUGUACAGUUCAAAGGAUGGAUUCAUGGAUGACUUUCAUUUGAUCCAUUACAGUUCAUACGCUCAAGGUGGUGCAUCGAUGGUUGUCACUGAAGCUACCGCUGUCAACCCAGAAGGAAGAAUCUCAUUUGCCGAUGCUGGCCUCUGGAAGGACGAACAAAUCCCAGGUUUCAAACGUGUAGUUGAUUCUAUUCAUUCAUAUAAUUCUUUGGCAUGUAUUCAAUUGGCACAUGCUGGAAGAAAGGCAUCAAGUGUACCACCAUUUUUGGAGAAUGCCCGUGCUUCAGUACCGGCUGAUCACGAGAAUGGAUGGAUUCCAGUAGCACCAUCACCCAUCAGAUGGACAGACCUAAACACUGUACCAAAGGAAAUGACAGAGGAUGAUAUCUUGCAUGCCGUCAAUUCUUUUAGAGAUGCUGCUGCCAGAGCUUUGGAAGCUGGUUUUGAUAUGAUUGAAAUCCACGGUGCUCACGGUUACUUGAUCACAUCAUUCCUAUCGCCAACAUCCAAUCUCCGAACUGACAGCUAUGGUGGUAGUUUUGAGAACCGUUGUCGUUUCCUCUUUGAAAUUAUCGCUGCUAUUCGUACUGUUUGGCCGACCGAGAAGCCACUAUCGGUACGUCUCUCUGCCGAAGAAUGGGUUGAAGAUGGAUGGACCAUUGACGACACUGUCAAGAUUUGUCAACGUUUCCAAGACAUGGAUGUCGAUAUUUUCGAUUGCUCAAGUGGUGGUAACUCGCUCAAGCAAAAGAUCAACGUCUAUCCAGGCUACCAAAUCCCACUCGCACACAAGGUCAAGCAACAAACCACUCAACUAGUCAUUGCAGCCGUCGGUCUCAUCAACACUGGCUCUGAAAUGGAAAGUACUUUACAACAAGGUCGUGCUGACCUUAUUUUCAACGCUCGUGGAUUCCUUCGUAAUCCUCAUUUUGCCUAUGACCUCGCCGAACAAUUAAAUGUAAAGAUUGAUUAUAACGUACAUUAUGAAAGAGGUAGAUUCCGUAAUACUGCCUAUUAA